AUGAUCCGUGGAAAGGCCGUGUUCCUCAAGUUCUUUACGCCUUGGUGUGGGCAGUGCAAGACCAUGAAGCCAGCCUGGGAUGCCCUGAUGGAGGAGUACAGAGAUGACGAAAGUGUGCUGGUGGCAGAGGUCGAUUGUGAAGGGAAUGGCAAAGCCAAGUGCAAAGAAAUGGACGUGAAGUCUUACCCUGCUGUGAAGUAUGGGGAUCCCUUCAGUCUUGAGGACUACACUGGCGGCCGUGACCUUCCGAGCUUGCAGAAGUUCGCUCAGGACCUGACGCCUGCUUGUGGUCCAGAGAGGCUGGACUGGUGUGACAACAAGCGCAAGAAGCAAGUCCAGGGCUACAUGGACUUGCCUCCAGAGGAGUUGGAUGCCAAGGUCAAGGAACAGGAGGACUCCCUGGCAGCAGUGCAGAAGGAGGUGGAUGACCUACUGCAAAGCAUGCAGAAGGAAUACGCUGAAGCACGGCAGCGGAAGGAAGAGAAGGUGGACGAGAUCCGGCGCGGCGGGCUUGGACUCCUGAAGAUGGUCCAGGCUGGCGCACGGCUUACCGACUUCGCCAAGGCUGAGGAGGCGUUGAAGAUGGUGCGCAAGCGGCGGGCCCAGCGAGACCCAGGAGAGAGGAGCAGAGCUGAGAUUCCACAAAGGCUGGAAACACCAGGCGAUGGGAAUGUGCCGAAAUACCUGCGGCUCUCCUGCAUUUUGCGACCAGUUGCUGCUCAGGUGCCCAUGCCCCCACAUAGCCAGCGGCGGAAGCGCCGGCCACGGCAGCAGCCCAGGGCCACGCCAAUGAGCUGGAGCGAGCUGCGGGACGCUUUGGGGCUCACAGUGGCUGCGGGUCUGGGGCCGCUGCUGCUGAAAUGUGCCAGUGGCGAGCAUCGCCUUCCUACUGGAGUCUGGAUAGUCCUGGACCCCAUGGUGGCGGAGCGGCUGCGAAGAGACACGGUCACAGAGGAAGAGCUCGCUGAGGCGGCUGACUUGCCUUUGGGCAGCAGGCCCUGCGCUGGCAAGGCCUGGGUGGCCCAACAAUCCGUGUCCUCGCUACAGCUCCUGGACGAGGAUGAGCUCACCUGGAGCGCGGCGGAGGCGAACUUCGCCAAAUGCGCCCGGGGCUCUUGCUUUGUGGCCCUGAAGCAUGCGGCCUUUGUCCUUAAGGCGCUUGCGACGAAGAAGUGUAUGCAAGCGCAGGAGGAAGGCGUAGAGCCAGAGAAGCCUUUGGAAACGACCUUAGAAGAGAUCGAUUCCAAGGUGAACCGCGCGGCCGGCCUGGUGGGCUCCCGCGCGGCCGCGGAGUCGCGGCGGAAGAAGUCGCCGGAGAGGCAAAAGAAAGCGCAAGAGCCAGCUCCAGAGUCGGUGAAGCUCAAGGCGAUUCUCGACCUUCCCCUGUCUCGGCGGCAUGGCGGCUGCCGGGUGUCCACAGAUCGUUUCCGCUGCUGCUUGAACGCGCUGCUGGCAUGGCUGGCCGCUUGUAGCUGCCUCUUGGACGAGCUCCCUUUCGACCUCCAAGACCACUUUCGCCUCUUCGUGGAGAUUUUGGACACCUUGCGGACCGAGGUGUACCGACGCCACUAUCAGCCAUCAAUGCGCGGCCCCCCCACGCCCAGGGGCGGCUGCAAUGGUGCUGCUAGGGUGGUGGAUCCUUCUGAAGUUCAUGCUGUUUUCUUCGAAGCUCCGCCGAUUUCGACCUGUCAACCAGCUGUGCUCGCCAACGCCGGAGCCGGCAGCGUGGUGGGCGACUACUUGAGGUCCAGAGGGAUCACGGCAGUGGGCGCCUUUGCCAAAGUGGCUUCCACGGAGGACGCCCUACGUACCACGUUGGUACAACCCCUUCUUGCAGGGUACAAGAAAGGGGAGCUGCGCCUCACCGUCGACGAGGCCGACAAGCCCAUCGUGGCGGCCGUGAUGGUCACAGCCUGGGAAGAAGCUAAGCAGAUCUGGGCACAGUCCAUGUUGGCCAUCCUCGAUGCCCUGAACAGCAUCCGAUGGGCGUGGAUCCUGCUGGACUUCGGGCCCGAACUCGUCAUUCACGAGUUCUGGUGGGGAACUCCCCGGGCGGACUUGGACGGAGUUCCAGCACCAGAGGCCUGA